AUGGCCAUCCCCGCUGGCCGCACCCUCUUCAAGAAGAAGGAUGGCAUCCUGACACUCACCAGUGACCAUCAGUUUGUCACCUGGACUCCAAACUCCGGCGGCCCUCCCACCGUCUCUCUCUCCGUUUCCAACAUCACCAACCUUCAGCAGACCCCAGACACCUCGGCAAAGGUGAUGCUCAAGGUCUUUGAAAAGACUUCUGAGAGUGCCGACCCUGCUACAUAUCUCUUCCACUUCAACACCCCAGAGGCCAAAGCAGAGGCCAAAGCUGUAAAGGACCUCUUGUCAAGCCUGUUGGCUGCUUCUCGCACCAACGAUGCCGGCGUACCAAAGCCAUCUGCCCCUGGCACAGGCGGCUCUUCAACCCCAACAGCAAAUGGAAACGCGGGUAGCGGCUCAGCAUCCAUGGCUUUUGCCAGUGCUGUCAACUCGCAACCUACCUCUCUUCGCUGGUUUGAUGAUGCUCACUUGAAGAACGACAUCGAACUACAACGGUCCCUCAUGUCAAAGGACACAAGCCUUAACCAGACCUAUAUGGAGGCCAUGCAAACCAAACCUGAUUCUAUCUCGGGAGCUGCUUUCAACGCCCAGUUCUGGUCAACGCGGACAAACCUUCUCCGAGCUCAUGCUAUCGAGACCAACCAGAAGAAGGGUGCCUACAAUGUUCUCUCGACAGUGAAGCCCAAGACUGUUGAUGGAGAGCUCAAGCUCAAUAUUAGUGUUGAGCAGGUUCAGAUGAUCUUCGCCCAACAUCCUUUAAUCAAGCGCGUCUACAACGAGAAUGUGCCUCGGCUUUCAGAGGCCGAGUUCUGGUCUCGGUUCUUCCUCAGCAGACUCUCCAAGAAGCUACGGGGCGAGCGAGUCACUGAGAAUGAUCCCAAUGAUCCCCUCUUCGACAAGUACGACCCUAGCGAAAAUACGGUAGCUGUGCAGAGCAAGAUCAUGGCACAACAGGUUCCCCACAUCAUCGACAUCGAAGCCAACGAGGAGAACCAGGGCGGUUUCAAGAGCGGGAAUGCCAAGGAUAUUGAGAUGCGUCCUAGAACCAACGUUCCCAUUGUAAAGACCCUCAACAGCCUCAGCGAGAAGAUCAUGGCCAACGUCGCCCCAUCUGACGCCAAUGCCGAGGAUGUCAGUGGAGCUUACGACACUUAUAACCAGCUUGCACUCCGCGAUCUCAAGGGGGAUGCUAAGGAGCAUCGCAUCAUGCUCAAUGUCAAGGAGCAGAACAAGUUCUUCUCCAAACAUGAAACAGCGCCCUCGUCCAAUGCCCGCUUGUUUGAAAAGCAGGCCCCCAGCGAUGUGCUCUUCGAGAUUCAGGGCGAUCUCGAAACCCUCGAGGGCGACGGUGCAGGAGGCAUCAAUCUCCAGGCAGCCAUUGGCUUUGAUGAACAGAGCGAUAGCGACGAUGAUGCUCCCAAGCGUGCUCACGUUGGUUCACGGUCCGCUCUGAAAGCUGCGGACAAGGACGUCAUGAAGGGUGUUCGUCAGCAACGUGCCCAAAAGUAUGGACACGACUCUGAUGCCCUUACACCCAUGGGCCUUCCUGCUGAACUUGCUCGGAAGUGCAGCCUUACUCAUGCCACAACCAUCGAGUUCCUUCACCAGUUCUGGAACGCUUUCCUCUCGGGAGACCCGGAUCGUGCUGCUGAACUGCAGUACCUCGCCGAGUCACUGAGCCGCUCCAUCGCACGCAUCAACGCUGUCGCAGACGAGGCCGACAAGGAGCGAGAGGAAAUCAUCCGUACCCGCAAGAAGGAGAUCCGUGAUCACUUUGAGCGUACGGGAAAGAAGAUCCGCUGGAAGGCGGACAGGGUGGGCGGUGGCCGUCCAGCCGUCAUGGCACUGAUGCAGCCGACUAUUGAUGCGUUGGAGAAGGCUCAGGCGGAUUACCAGAGGGCCCUCGCUGCAGAGGGGAUCAAGGUAUCGACAGAAGCAUGA